AUGGGCCAGCUCCCCUCCAAGCUGGCCCAAUCCCUCCUCCCCUCCUCCUCCCUCUGCCUCCUCCUCGUCUUCCUCCUGCUCCUGCUUGGGGACGCAGCCGCCUAUAAACCUCUGUCCGACAGCUUCCUGCGCGCCGUCCCAGGGCCCGGCGCCGACUUCGACAUUGACAAUGGCGCCCUGCUGGCCCCGAUCCUCAUUCCACGGGUUCCAAACUCGGAGGGCUCCCAGAAGGUGCAGCAGCACUUUGUCGACUUCUUCCAGCGCGAGCUCCCCCGGUGGACCAUUGACUGGAACAACUCUACCUCCAAGACGCCUGCGACCGGCUCGCAGGACGUGCCGUUCCGUAACAUCAUCUUCAAACGGGAGCCGCCGUGGACCAAGGUCGGGCAGGCGAACCUGCUGACGCUGGUGGCGCACUUUGACAGCAAGCUGACGCCCGAGGGCUUCAUCGGCGCCACCGAUAGUGCUGUGCCGUGCGCGGUGCUGAUGCAUGUUGCCAGGAGUAUAGACAAGUACCUCACCCAGAUGCACGACGAGAUGGUGGCCCUGGGCGAGCUGGGCGGCACCCCACCGAUGGAUAUGGGGGUCCAGAUCGUGCUGCUGGACGGCGAGGAGGCCUUCGUGUCCUGGACAGACACGGACUCGGUCUAUGGCGCGAGAGCUCUGGCAGAGGCAUGGGAGAACGAGCCGACGAUGGCCGCCGCCAACUUCCCUAACCGAUUGAACCAGAUCAGCCUCUUUGUUCUCCUCGAUCUCCUCGGUACCUCGGACCCGCACAUACCAUCCUACUUCCUGCCGACACACUGGGCAUACCGCGCGAUGGCGAAACUUGAGAAGCGCAUGCGGGACCUUGGUCUCCUGGAAUCCAACCCACAAGCUCCUUUUCUUCCUGAUGCAGAUAAGAAGUCCACUGACUUUCGAACGGCACACGUGGGUGACGAUCAUGUCCCCUUCAUGGCCCGUGGUGUCGAGAUCCUACACUUGAUCCCGUCGCCGUUCCCAUGGGUAUGGCAUACGAUGAAGGACGAUGGCGCCCAUCUGGACAUGGCUACAACGAGGGACUGGGCCAAGAUCACCACGGCCUUUGCGCUGGAAUGGCUCGAUAUGAUGGAGGUAUGGCCGCAGGAUCAGUGA